UCGCAAUUCACCGUUGCCUUCAACUUUCGCCCUCCUCUUUUGUUGCCCUUUCUUCUUUUCUUUGGAUGGCCUACAUCUAACUCGGCGGCUUCGAAUCCACCUUCUUUCUCCUGUACCAGAGCAUUUCGCGGCCAUACCACCCUGGGCAAUUACUCUCCGAUUCUGCCAGAGCAUGCUUCGCGGCCAAACAUUACCAUGGAGGACUGCACUCCGGGGCAGUUCACGGCACAUCUGUAGAGACUGCAGGCGACAGCUGUUACAGAGAAACUCAUUAACGAGCUCCGCGACUUCUCUGACUCCCUCCAACCAUCUGCCUAUCGCCGCCCGCCAGGGAUUACAAAUACGCCAGUUUACCUCUCAUCCUGCUCGCAGGAAAGACAAGCCACCAGAAGAUGAUUCCCCGCCUAAGAAAGAAGAAGCCGAGGCAAAGGGAAAGAAAGUAGAAAACGAGCUGGACGAAGCACCACGGACGGAAGAUGCUGCUGAGUCUAAGAAAUCUCCCACUGAACCUCAACCUAUACCGCAGUCUGCAAGCGAUGGCCGACCCGCGGCUGCAGGAGGUAGCGGCAAUGAUUCAAGCCCAGGAACUGGACAAAAUUCCGGUGGUGGAAGCGAUGGCAGCAAGCGGGGGCGUCGGAGCACACAGAUAUCAAAACCCACGAUUCCAGAGACCUAUCCGCAGGUCAUGGCAAUCCCCAUCGCGAAACGACCUCUUUUCCCAGGCUUCUACAAGGCCAUCACUAUCCGAGACCCCAAUGUUGUUGCGGCUAUAACAGAGAUGAUGAAGAGAGGACAACCUUACGUGGGAGCCUUUCUCUUCAAGGAUGACGCUGCCGACAAGGACAUCAUUGAGAAAAUGGAUGACGUUCACGACGUUGGUGUCUUUGCCCAAAUAACGAGCGCAUUUCCCGUGCACGGUGAUGAACACAGCCUGACUGCGGUUUUAUAUCCCCACCGAAGAAUCCGAAUGACCGCGUUGAUGCCCCCAUCAACGACAGGGGAGGGGGCCUCGGUCGUUGAAGUGCAAUCUGUUAAAGAAACGAAACCCAAGCCCGAUGGCACAGACAACAAGGGCGAUGUUGUUGCAAGCUUCGAGGAACCGAACAAGGAACAACCCGCGCAACUGAGUGUCUACGAGCCUACUGCCUUUCUACGCAAAUUCCCCGUUUCAUUGGUCAAUGUGGAAAAUUUGACAGAGCUCCCAUUUGACAAGAAGAGUGGUGAAAUCAAGGCCCUAACAUCAGAGAUUGUCAGUGUGUUCAAGGAAGUCGCCAGCCUUAACCAACUAUUUCGAGAUCAGAUCUCCGACUUUAGUGUCUCACAAUCAGCUGGGAAUGUGCUUGAAGAGCCAGCCAAGCUAGCUGAUUUUGCAGCGGCCGUUUCAGCCGGUGAGAUUGGAGAAUUGCAGGACGUCCUCCAGACAAUGGAUGUUGCUCAACGGCUACACAAGGCUCUUGUGGUGCUCAAGAAGGAGCUGAUGAACGCACAGUUGCAAUCCAAGAUUUCAAAAGAUGUCGAGAGCAAGAUUCAAAAACGCCAGCGGGAGUAUUGGCUUAUGGAACAGAUGAAGGGUAUUCGGAGAGAGCUCGGGAUUGAGUCUGACGGCAAGGACAAAUUAGUGGAAAAGUUCCGGGAAAAGGCUCAAAAACUGGCCAUGCCUGAAGCUGUGAAAAAGGUAUUUGAGGAAGAGCUCAACAAACUUGCACAUCUGGAACCUGCGGCAUCUGAAUUCAAUGUGACGAGGAACUACCUGGAUUGGAUUACCCAGAUUCCGUGGGGUCAGCGAAGUGCUGAAAACUUUGGCAUCAAAAAUGCUAUGACCGUCCUAGAUGAAGACCAUUACGGCUUGAAAGAUGUCAAGGAUCGCAUUCUCGAAUUCAUCGCGGUCGGAAAGCUCCGCGGGACAGUGGAAGGGAAGAUCUUAUGCUUCGUUGGACCCCCCGGUGUGGGAAAGACAUCUAUUGGCAAAUCGAUCGCCCGAGCGCUGAAUCGACAGUACUAUCGCUUCAGUGUUGGUGGACUGACUGAUGUCGCCGAAAUCAAAGGCCACCGCAGGACGUACGUCGGCGCGUUGCCGGGAAGGAUAAUCCAGGCCCUCAAGAAAUGCCAGACCGAGAACCCCCUGAUUCUCAUCGACGAAGUGGACAAGAUCGGCCGCGGCCACCAGGGAGAUCCGGCAUCAGCGCUUCUCGAACUUCUCGACCCGGAACAAAAUUCCAGUUUCUUGGAUCAUUACAUGGAUAUUCCUGUCGAUCUUUCAAAAGUCCUUUUCGUGUGUACAGCGAACAUGACCGACACCAUCCCCCGCCCCCUUCUCGACCGAAUGGAGUUGAUUGAACUCAGUGGCUACGUUGCGGACGAGAAGAAAGCAAUCGCAGAUCGAUACCUUGCUCCACAAGCGAAAGAACUUUCGGGAUUAAAGGAUGUAGACGUCAGAUUGGAUGAGUCCGCCAUCGAGGAGCUGAUCAACAAGUAUUGCAGAGAAUCCGGGGUGCGUAACUUGAAAAAGCAAAUCGAAAAGGUUUACCGCAAGUCAGCACUGAAAAUUGUUCAAGAUCUUGGGGAAGAAGCUUUUCCCGAAGCAGAGGCACUCACGGAAGAGGGCAAAGCGGCGCUUGAAGAGAGCAAAAAGGACGAGUCGGACGUCAAAGACACCCCAGAAACGAUCCAGCAAGAAACAACCGAAAAGCCUCGCAUUGCGCUUAAGGUUCCAGAGUCUGUCCACGUUACCAUCACAAAGGAUAACCUGAAAGACUAUGUCGGCCCGCCCAUCUUCACUGCUGACCGUCUCUACGAGACCACGCCCCCAGGUGUAGCUAUGGGUCUUGCCUGGACAAGCAUGGGUGGUGCCGCACUAUACGUCGAAUCCAUCCUUGAGUCCGCACUUUCUUCGUCCAGUCGACCCGGCCUCGAGCGCACGGGCAAUCUUAAACCAGUCAUGAAAGAGUCGACGUCGAUUGCGUACUCUUUUGCCAAGCACGUCAUGGCGACAAGAUUCCCUGAUAAUAAAUUCUUCGACCACGCCAAAAUACACUUGCAUUGUCCCGAGGGCGCAGUUCAAAAGGAUGGCCCUUCUGCUGGCAUCACGAUGGCAACUUCUCUGCUGAGUCUCGCAAUGGACAAAGAAGUCGAUCCUGCAUUAGCAAUGACAGGCGAGUUGACCGUUACAGGCAAAGUACUCAGAAUCGGUGGACUGAGAGAGAAAACUGUCGCUGCGAGGAGGGCUGGAUGUACGAAGAUCUUAUUUCCAAAGGAUAAUUGGGGGGACUGGUGCGAGUUACCAGAGAAUAUCAAAGAAGGUAUUGAUGGUCACGCGGUUGAUUGGUAUGAUGAAGUCUUUGACAUUGUCUUUCCCAAUGCCAGCGCUGAGGAGAUCAAUUCUGUAUGGAAAGAAGCGUUGGAGAGAAAGGAAAAAGACGACAAGAGAAAGGAAAAAGACGACAAGAGAAAGGAUAAAGAUGGCAAAGACGAUGAGGAUGACUGAGUUGAGAUGUGAGUGCGAAGCUUGCUCAAAUGCGCGCGCCACUUCGCUCUUGGGAAAUGGGGAAAUUUUCGGUCAUUCAGCAUUCGGCUUCGGUAUGACAUUAUCAUGUGGCAUCCAAAAUGGUAAAGGGGUCCGGAAGGGAUAUAUGCAUAGAUGUAUAGACCAGGCCUUCCAAGAUUGGUGUGAUCUUUCGAACUGAUGCAUCUGCACAAAUUUGAACGAUAUAGGAGGGCAGGGAGAAGAGUGAAGGGUCAUGACGAACAUUGUGGAAUUUGGCAACUGGCUUCGGAGGCAUUUAGUACCAUCGUCGAUGGUAUUUCGUUGGUUAUGAUAUGGAAUCCCUUCUCUGCUGCUAGCAAUGUACAUUACCAACCUUGUAUGCUCAAAGGGAAAUGCACUGCCUCAAGAAGUGACACAGUCCUGGGCAAAGAGUAAAAUCACCACAUUCUUACAAAUAUUGAAAAGAUGCGAUGGUUCUGCGAAGUGAAAUUUAUGUAUGUGGUGUUCCAAUAUUGAUGACC